AUGCCGAAGGACAAGAGGAAGGACGAGCCGAACACGGAACUCGAUCAUGUCGAUAGGAAUUUGACGUCAUUGAAUGGCAUUCCUCGAUUGUUUGAAAUGACGUACCUCACCCGACUGACGUUAAGUCACAACAAACUUACCACGAUCCCACCGAAUAUUGCGGAUCUCGAGAAUCUUCAGGUUCUCACCUUAUGGAACAAUCUAAUCGAAGAACUACCGUCAUCGAUUUCCAGUCUUUCGAAGCUUCGUAUCCUUAACGUUGGAAUGAAUCGGCUAUCUGUUCUACCAAGAGGAUUUGGUUCAUUCAAAUCUCUCGAAAUUCUUGAUCUGACUUAUAACAACCUGAAUGAGCGAAGUCUUCCUGGAAAUUUCUUUUUCAUCGAAACUCUGAGAGCUCUUUACUUGGGCGACAACGACUUCGAGAUGCUGCCCGGUGAUGUGAUGAACCUUCGCAAUCUCCAGAUCUUAGUCAUGCGAGACAAUGAUCUUCUGACUAUUCCGCGAGAGAUCGGACAUCUUACCAAUUUGAAGGAGUUGCAUAUUCAAGGUAAUCGUCUCACCGUACUACCACCUGAAGUUGGAGCACUUGACCUUAUUGGAAAUAAGCAAGUACUCAGGCUGGAGCACAAUCCUUGGGUGCCAAGCAUCCAGGAACAGUUCGAUGCCAGAGGUGCCCAAGGUGUCAUGGAUUUCAUACGUAGCGACCAGUACAAAUACUUCUAUGGACGUCAGGAAGUCAUCACGGGUCCAGUGCCACCGAAGCGAAACAAGGACAGAAAGCUUUCAAGGAAACAACCACAUCAGUCGCAGUGUGCUUAG